AUGGCCCUGACCCCCCCAGAUCCGCCCGUCUCCACCGUACUCCCCUCGGACGCGUUCCAACUCCUAGCCGAGUCCGCCAAAGCUGGCGCGGCCGAGGAUGCCCUGUACACACAACAAAUCCAUGACGUGGAGAGUUGGUGGUCCACCCCGCGCUUCGCCGGUAUCAAACGUCCCUACACGGCCGCCGAUGUCGUGUCGAAACGCGGCUCCCAGCAACAGUCUUACCCCAGCUCGCUCGCCGCCCGCAAGCUCUUUCGCCUGCUCCAGGAGCGUUUGGCCGCCGGGGAGCCCGUACACACCAUGGGCGCCAUCGACCCCGUCCAGAUGACACAACAGGCGCCACACCAGGAAGUUUUGUACCUAUCCGGCUGGGCAUGUUCAUCUGUGUUGACCACCACCAACGAGGUCUCUCCUGAUUUUGGCGAUUACCCCUACAACACGGUGCCGAACCAGGUGCAGCGCAUGGCCAAGGCUCAGUCCAUGCACGACCGCAAGCAAUGGGAUCUCCGGAGAAAAAUGUCGCCCGAAGAAAGAGCAGGGACGCCAUAUGUGGAUUACUUCCGGCCCAUCAUUGCCGAUGGCGAUACAGGACAUGGCGGCCUGUCGGCGGUGCUCAAGUUGGCCAAGCUGUUUGCCGAAAAUGGUGCGGCCGCGGUGCAUUUCGAGGACCAGCUGCACGGCGGCAAGAAAUGCGGCCACUUGGCUGGCAAGGUCCUGGUGCCCACGGGCGAGCACAUCAACCGCCUGGUUGCAGCACGCUUCCAAUGGGACGUGAUGGGCACCGAAAACCUCGUCCUCGCGCGCACCGACUCGGAGAGCGGCAAGCUUAUUAGCAGCGCCAUUGACGUGCGUGACCACGAGUUCAUCCUUGGCGUAUCCAAACCCGGCAUCGUGCCCUUGGCCGAAACCCUACAAAAAAUGGAGGCAUCUGGCGCAGCAGGGGCCGAAAUCGACGCCUUCGAAGCCGACUGGGUCAAGAAGACCCGACUCGUCUCCUUCGACGAGGCGGCUGUCGAGCACCUGGAAAAGCAGGGCGUGGCCAAGAACAAGAUCAGCGAGUAUACUUCCACAGUGCGGUCGGAUCCCAGCAUGGGCAUCUCGGCGCGGAGGCAGCUUGCAGACGCGUACGCCAAGGAGCCCGUCUACUUCGACUCGGACAUUCCGCGCACGCGGGAGGGCUUCUACCACUUCCGCUCUGGCAUGGCGGCCGCGACCAAGCGCGCCCUCGCCUUUGCACCCUAUGCUGACCUCCUCUGGGUCGAGACGGGCGACCCCAACGUUUCCGUCGCCGCCAAGCUCGGCCGCGCCGUCCGAGAUGUUUACCCCGGAAAGGGGCUGGUCUACAACCUCUCCCCAAGCUUCAACUGGAUGGCGCAUGGCUUCACCGAGACUACUCUGAAGUCCUUCAUCUGGGACAUUGCCAAGGAGGGGUUUGUGCUGCAGCUCAUUUCCCUGGCAGGGCUGCACAGCACGGCCACCAUUUCGAACGAGCUGGCCAAAGAGUUCAAGACGGGCGGCAUGAAGGCCUAUGUGGACCUCGUCCAGAGGCGGGAAAAGCAGCUGGGGUGUGAUGUGUUGACGCACCAGAAGUGGAGUGGUGCAAGUUACAUCGAUGGGAUAUUGGGCGCCAUUCAGAGCGGAAGUUCGGGAAGCAAGAGUAUGGGAGAAGGCAAUACCGAGGAUCAAUUCAACUAA